AUGAGCACGCAAGAUACUAAGGAGUUUGAUGACUUUCACAAUCUACAAGUUGAAGAAAUAGAGGAGUAUUUCAAGACGGACACAGUCACGGGUCUGCCCCCUAAUCUAGUAACUGAAUACCAAUCCAAAUAUGGACCCAACACCCUGGGAGAUGACGCUAAGAUGGAUUACAAGGCGAUGGUGAUCCACCAGAUCUGUAAUGCAAUGAUUUUGGUUCUUAUAAUUUCUAUGGUCAUCUCAUUUGCAAUCCACGAUUGGAUCACUGGUGGUGUCAUCACAGCCGUUAUUGCAAUCAACGUCGUCAUCGGGAUCUACCAGGAGUACAAAGCAUCCAAGACAAUGAAUUCUUUGAAACAGUUGAGUUCUCCAAGUGCACAGUUGAUUAGAAGCGGGAAGAGUGAAACUGUCCCAUCGAAGGAGGUGGUCCCAGGUGACAUCUGUCUUGUGAAGGUAGGGGACACUAUCCCUGCCGAUCUUAGGCUUUUCGAAUGCAGUAACUUUGAAACUGACGAAGCUUUACUGACAGGUGAGUCAUUGCCUGUUAUGAAGGAUCCACACGCUGUGUACUCGCAAAACGAGUAUACCUCAGUGGGGGACAGACUAAACAUAGCUUAUUCAUCUUCUACCGUUGUAAAAGGUAGGGCUAAGGGGAUUGUGAUCAAGACCGCCUUGUCUACCGAGAUUGGUAAAAUUGCUAAAUCUUUGAGAGGCCAAGAUGGAUUGAUCUCAAAGGAUCCCAAUUUGACUUUUUGGAGGAAUUCAUGGGUAACCAUCAAACAAACAGUCGGUGCCUUCUUAGGUACUACAAUCGGUACACCGCUACACAGAAAAUUAUCCAAGUUGGCUAUCUUGUUAUUUUUUGUUGCGGUGAUCUUUGCCAUUGUGGUUAUGGCAUCGCAGGAAUUUAAAGUCGACAGAGGGAUCGCCGUCUAUGCUAUCUGUGUAGCACUGUCAAUGAUUCCAUCCUCUUUGGUCGUCGUCCUAACAAUCACAAUGUCUGUCGGUGCAGCUGUGAUGGCAUCAAGGCAUGUUAUCAUCAGGAAAUUGGAUUCUUUAGAGGCACUGGGUGCGGUUAACGAUAUAUGUUCCGACAAGACUGGUACUUUGACUCAGGGGAAGAUGGUGACGAGAAGAGUGUGGAUUCCUAACUUUGGUACUUUGAUUGUAGGGAAUUCAAAUGAACCCUUCAACCCUAACAUUGGUGGUAUUGAUCUAAUUCCAAGAAUCUCACCUUUUGAAUACAAAACUGACGAUACAGAAGAUGUUGGAAUUUUAAGAAACUUCAAAAGUUUAUUCGAACAUAACUCACUUCCCUCAGAAUUAGAUGCAGAGCUUUUCAAAGAGUGGCUGAACACGGCUACACUGGCAAAUAUAGCCAAUGUUUUUAAAGACUGGGAAACGGACACAUGGAAGGCACACGGUGACCCAACAGAGAUUGCUAUCCAGGUUUUUGCCACGAAGAUGGAUUUACCAAGGUCCAAAUUGACAGGUGAAAAGCAUGCUCAUGGAGGGGCCGCUAAAGAGUUUAAUGAUGAUAAAAGCAGCAGCAAAUCAAGUUUUUCAGAUGAGCAAGAUUCCAUUAAUUUAGAUAAUGCACCAUUCAAGCACCUUGCAGAAUUCCCAUUCGACUCUACUAUUAAGAAAAUGUCCACAAUUUAUGAAUCGAGAGAAACUGAUGAACUUUGCGUGUUUACAAAAGGGGCAUUUGAAGGUGUUUUAAACAGUUGCGAAUACUGGUACGGUCUACAAAAUGACGAACUUUUACAACUUACUGAAACUGACAGAAAGUUUAUUCGGAAGAAUGUCGACACACUAUCUGCAGAAGGUCUCAGAGUGCUGGCGUUCGCCUCCAAGUCAUAUCCAAACAAAGACCUUUCCGAUGAUGAAAGACAUCAAAUUUUGAAGGACCGCUCAGUUGUGGAAAGUAAACUUACUUUCACGGGACUGAUUGGUAUUUACGAUCCUCCAAGAUCGGAAACCGCUGGUGCCGUGAAAAUGUUCCACAGCGCAGGGAUCAAUGUUCACAUGCUGACGGGGGAUUUCCCAGGUACUGCUAAAGCGAUUGCUCAGGAAGUUGGUAUCCUUCCAGUGAAUCUGUAUCACUACCCCAAGGACGUUGUUGAUAUCAUGGUGAUGACAGGGUUGGAGUUUGACGAUCUCUCCGAUACAGAAAUUGAUAAACUUCCCGUGCUACCAUUGGUAAUUGCCCGUUGCUCCCCACAGACAAAGGUUAGAAUGAUUGAAGCGCUUCACAGAAGAGAGAAGUUUUGUGCGAUGACUGGUGACGGUGUCAACGACUCCCCCUCUUUGAAGAUGGCCAAUGUAGGUAUUGCAAUGGGUAUCAACGGUUCAGACGUUGCCAAAGAUGCCUCUGACAUAGUGUUAAGUGAUGAUAACUUUGCUUCUAUCCUCAAUGCUGUGGAAGAGGGGAGAAGGAUGAGUGAUAAUAUCCAGAAAUUUGUCCUGCAACUGCUGGCAGAAAAUGUUGCCCAAGCACUAUAUCUUAUCGUUGGUCUAGCAUUUCAGGAUAAAGACAGCAAGUCUGUCUUUCCAUUAUCUCCAGUUGAAGUGUUGUGGAUUAUUGUUGUCACCUCCUGUUUCCCAGCUAUGGGGUUAGGUGUCGAGAAAGCUGCCCCUGAUUUGAUGGAGAGACCUCCAAAUGAUUCCAAAGCUGGUAUUUUCACUUGGGAAAUUAUCACGGAUAUGUUUGUAUACGGGGUAUUGAUGGCCGGCAGCUGUAUGGGCUCUUUCACAUCUAUCAUUUACGGGAAUGAUUCCGGGAACCUUGGCAGAAACUGUAACAAAUCGUUCAGGGAAGGCUGUCGUGACGUAUUCAGGGCUCGUUCGUCUGCAUUUGCUACUAUGACCUGGUGUGCUCUGAUCCUUGCCUGGGAAGUUAUUGAUUUGCGCAGGUCGUUUUUCAGAAUGACUCCUGACACCGAUGAGCCCGUCAAGCAAUUUUUCAGAGACGUCUACGGUAACAAGUUUCUAUUUUGGUCAGUUAUUUUCGGGUUUGCAUCCACUUUCCCAGUUGUUUAUAUCCCAGUCAUCAACGACAAAGUGUUUCUACACAAAGGCAUCGGUUACGAAUGGGGUAUCGCCAUUGCAUUUACUGUGGCUUUUUGGAUUACCUGUGAACUCUACAAGUACUGUAAGAGAUUGUAUUACAAGAAUAAAUCCAAAGCUCAGAACCCACAGAAUGAUCUUGAAAAAAGUGUUACAAGAGAUCCCUUCCAUGCAUACAGUUCAGCUACAACUCUACAAACCGAUAUUCAUGUACUUCCAAAAGAGUAA